AUGCUUCCUACUAAAAUUAAAUUGAAUGAUAAUUCACAAAAUCUAUCGGAUCAAAAUAAUACUCGUUUCAUGGAUGAUUUUAUCAACGAUUUAGAAACUGGCAUAUCCUAUAAUCCACCACGUCAUUGUAAUAAAAAAAUGAAAAAACGCAAACAACUUGAUGCUUUAUUAAAGUUUCGCUCAUCAACAUCAAUAUCUAAUCGUCGUAGUAGUCGAUUAUCCAAUGAACUCUCUCUUAGUUCAGAAGAUGAUGUCUUUUUAUCAAACAGAAAAAAUUCAUCUAAAAAAAUAUAUCCAACGCGAUAUCGACGUUGGUGUAACUAUACUCGACAUUUACUCUCAUUUUUUCUUGUUUGUAUAUUCAUGAUCGUUUGUGUUGGAUUAGCUUACGCAAAUAUUGAAUUGAAAGCUGAAGUGCAAAACUUAUCUCUGCGUGUUAAUGAAAUUGAAAAAAGAUUUUCAAAUUUUGAAAUCAAUCGUAUAUUAUCCACAAUUGAACAAAUAAAAGUUCGUCUAAAUUUAAUUGAACGCUGGAAUGUCUCCUUUGUAUAUGAUCGAUUACAAAAACUACAAAGAGAUUUUAAUCAAGUAAAACACAAUCGACCAGAAACUGAAAUGCUAAUGAAUAAUGACAAUGAUGUAGAUAUUUCAUCAAAAUUAGAAAAUAUUGAACAGAAAUCUACGCAAUUUUCUGAAGCUGCUGAUGAAUUAGAUAAAUUAAGUCGUGAUGCUGAUAAUCAAGCAAUAGAUGUUGUUCAUGAUAAAACAAAACCAUUUGACAGAAAUUUAAUUGAACGUUUACUUGAACAAGAACGACGAACAAAUACACAAAAAGAUUCAAAUCAACUAUCAAAAAAUCUUCUUUCGUUGAAUGAAAGUUUAUAUGCAAGUACAAUUAAAUGGCAUAAUGAAUUAAAAGCUCUACGAAACGAACUUGAAAAUCUUAAUCAAAGUAAGAAAAUACAAGAAUUAGUUGUAAAUUUUCAAGAACUAACCAAUCUAGUACAUAAUUCAUCAGAUAAAGUAAAAAUAAUUAUUACUGCAUUACAAUUAGACCUUAAUAUAUUACGAAAUCAAAUAGAUUCGUGUACAUGUUUAAAGGCUGUUGAUGAUGCAUCCUUAUCUUCGUCUACUACAACAAGUACUACUACUACUUAUCGAGAAUUAAAACCAUCUGAAAAUAACUAUCAUAACGAUACAGUUGACAUUGCUCAAAUUGUCAAUCAUCCUUCAUCAGUUACUAAUUAA